AUGGCUUUGCCUGAAGAAUGUGACGCGCGUGCCGUUGAUGACAGUAAAUCUUAUUUUGGUCAGGGUGAUAUAAGUGAAAGACAUGAUGUUAUUGAAGACGAUGUUGUUGAUAAUGACGAAAAAAAUAUUAUUGAAGCAAAAGAUGACAGGAAAGUAGAGAUUGACAACGAGCAAUAUUCCUUAGAACAAUUGACAAGCUACGAUCAGUACAUGAAAUGCUCUUUUGCCUUCGAUGAUUUUUUGUUUAAUUUAAAAGAGAGUUCGCUUUGGAUCAAGCCAUUUGACUUUAGGAAGUGCUUUGGAUUAGAUCAUUUCAUCAUCUUUAUUGCAUUGGCCGUCACUGAGUUCCACCGACAUACCGUGCUGACUGAAAUGAACGAACUGGAUGAAAUGCUACAGGCAUUUUUUCAUCGGAAUGCUCGACAAUAUACCUUUGGAACCCAUUUAUAUUGUAAAGAGCCGAGGAGUGCCGCCAGAGUGUCCAGAGUAUUCGAGCACGGAAACACUACCUGGGACGAACUCAACGUGAACAUCAAGGACUCGUUGAUUGCCGGUACUGCAAAUACUCCUGGGCAAUCAAAACCGGAAUUUGAGCUCUUACGUCUUUGCCAACGUUUCAGGCCUAUCCGCUUUUUAUGCCAACAAUCUUGGUCAUCAAGUGCAAGUAAACGCAAUGCUCGCGUUUCUGUCACAAAUAAUAGAGUCGAAGUGCAAGGUGAUAUCAAAGCUGAAUACUAUUUUUACAGGUAG